GUGUGUGUUGGUGUGUAGAUGUGAGUGCACGGUGAAGAAUUCAGCCGCCGGAGGACUUUCCUAAACGCAUUAAACUAUUCAUUAGUGUGGAUAAAACCAAUAAAGAGAACAAAACAAGGAGCACACAUGUGAAAAUGCGAGAAGAAAUCCAGGAAGAGAGUGUGUUCUUAUUAAAAAUUCAGCGCGGGAGAACACACAUUAUCGCCCCUUCGGAUGACCUGUGGCAGCACCGAGGAUAAACUACAGCAGCUUCAAACAUUACUGAAUGGGCUGAAACGAAGCGGAGUGUUCACUAAAGAGCGAGUCCAAAGCAUUUCCCAGCGACCAAAACCCAAAGGGAAGGGGAGGAGAGGGGGGCAAAGAAAACGCCCUGCUGCCUGUUGCUGGUAUCUCCACAUUCAAACUUUAUCGCCGAGUUGGAAAAAUGCACUUUUCUGUAAACGGGAGAGGAUAACUCUAAAGUGUAACGCUAUUUUGUACAAGCUAAAAGUCACGCGGCUAGCUAACCGAAGGCCCGCGCACUCGGCAAGUUUCGGCUCCCGAGGAAAAGCCUCUUCUUUGGGAAUAUUUUUUCCUCAUUGUGCACACUAUUCCUGGUGGAAGCGAUUUGGGUGGGCUGAGAGCCCAAGGCUUGCUCCGCUAGGCCCACGGCCAUUAGCCAGGCACAAAGCGUUUUCACAUGUAAACUCACACACACUUUGGAGAAGCUCUUCAUAAUUUUACUUAACUUUUUUUUAACGAGCCGACGCUGCAGCCAUGUCGCUGGGAGCGGAGAGGAGGAUGGAAACCCGGCUAAAGAAGCUGGAGGACAUGAUCAGAGAGCCCAGAUCUGCCAUAAACCUGGAAAGUUUGCUGGACUCUAUAAAUGCCCUGGUCUUAGACUUGGACUACCCUGCACUACGCAAGAACAAAAACAUCGAAACCUUCUUAAACAGAUAUGAAAAAGUCAUAACACAGACUCGAGACCUCCAGAUGAAGUCGGAAGACUUUGACAGAGUUAAAGUCAUCGGUCGAGGGGCAUUUGGUGAAGUCCAACUUGUCCGGCAUAAAGCCUCUCAGAAAGUCUACGCCAUGAAGCUGCUGAGCAAGUUUGAGAUGAUCAAACGCUCAGACUCAGCUUUCUUCUGGGAAGAGAGGGACAUCAUGGCCUUCGCCAACAGUCCCUGGGUUGUGCAGUUGUGCUGCUUCCAAGAUGAGCACUUCCUCUACAUGGUGAUGGAGUACAUGCCGGGCGGAGACCUGGUGAACCUCACCAGCACCUACGACGUGCCUGAGAAGUGGGCCAAGUUCUACACAGCGGAGGUGGUGAUGGCUCUGGACGCCAUCCACUCCAUGGGCUUCAUCCACCGGGACGUGAAGCCCGACAACAUGCUGCUGGACAGACUGGGACACCUGAAGCUGGCCGACUUUGGCACCUGCAUGAAGAUGGACUCUACCGGCAUGGUGCACUGUGAUACGGCGGUGGGGACUCCGGACUACAUCUCUCCUGAGGUGCUGAAGUCCCAGGGAGGAGACGGCUAUUAUGGCAGAGAGUGUGACUGGUGGUCUGUCGGCGUCUUCAUCUUUGAGAUGCUUGUUGGUGACACACCCUUCUACGCCGACUCUCUGGUGGGAACCUACAGUAAGAUCAUGGACCACAAAAACUCCCUCAACUUCCCUGAUGACGUGGAGAUCUCCAAAGACGCCAAGAAUAUCAUCUGUGCCUUCCUUACUGACAGGGAGGUGCGGCUGGGCAGAAACGGCAUAGAUGAAAUCAUGCGACACCCUUUCUUCAAGAACGACCAGUGGACCUUCAACACCAUCAGACACACGGCGGCUCCUGUGGUCCCGGAGCUGAGCAGUGACAUAGACACCAGUAAUUUUGACGAGAUUGAAGACGACAAAGGGGAUGUAGAAACAUUCCCCACACCGAAGGCCUUUGUCGGAAACCAGUUGCCCUUCGUCGGCUUCACGUACUUCAAAGAGGAUCAGUUACUAAACGCUUCCAACAACAUAUCGGUGGCUCAUGAUAAAUCCAAAGGAGAGUCAGCAGCACUGCAGAAGACAAUCCUCCUCAUGGAGAGGCAGCUGAACAAUGAGAAGCAGGCCAAAGUGGAUCUUGAUCACAAACACAGAGCUGUCACCAGCCGUCUAGACAAAAUCGCCAAAGAACUUGAGGAAGAGGUGAGCAGCAGGAAGAAUCUGGAGUCCACUCUGAGGCAGCUGGAGAGAGAGAAAGCUCUGCUGCAGCACAAAAGCCUGGAGAGCAACCGCAAGGCCGAGAGCGAGGCCGACAGGAAGCGCUGCCUGGAGAACGAAGUGAAUGGCCUUCGAGACCAGCUGGAUGACGUGAAGAGGAGGAACCAGAACUCACACAUUUCCAAUGAGAAGAACAUCCACCUGCAGAAACAGCUGGAUGAAGCCAACACGUUGUUGCGGGCCGAGUCGGAGGCGGCGGCGAGGCUCCGGAAGGCGCAGGCGGACAGCAGCAAGCAGCUGCAGCAGCUGGAGGCCAACGUGCGCGAGCUGCAGGACAAGAGCUGCAUGCUGGAGCGCAGCAAGCUGAGCCUCGAGAAGGAGUGCAUCAGCCUGCAGGCGGCGCUAGAGACGGAGAGGAGGGAGCACAGCCAGGGCUCGGAGACCAUCAGCGACCUCAUGGCACGCAUCUCCUGCCUGGAGGAGGAAGCCCGUCAGCAGAGACAGACUCUGUCCAAAACCGAGACCGAGAAGAGACAGCUUCAGGAGAAACACACCGAUCUGGAGAAGGAGAAGAGCAACAAGGAGAUCGAUCUGACCUACAAGCUGAAGGUGCUGCAGCAGGAGCUCGAGCAGGAGGAGGCCUCUCAUAAGACCACCAGGGCCAUGCUGGCAGACAAGAGCAAGAUCAAAGUCACCAUCGAGGGCGCUAAGUCGGAGUCCAUGAAGGAGAUGGAGCAGAAGCUGGCGGAGGAGCGAGCGGCCAAACUUCGCCUGGAGAACCGGAUCCUGGAUCUGGAGAAGGACAGCAGCAUGAUGGACUGCGACUACAAGCAGGCUCUGCAGAAACUGGACGAGCUGCGCCGACACAAGGACCGACUCACUGAGGAGGUGAAGAACCUGACACUGAAGAUCGAGCAGGAGACCCAGAAGCGUAGCUUGACCCAGAACGACCUGAAGGCUCAGAACCAGCAGCUGAAUUCUCUGCGAUCCUCAGAGAAGCAGCUCAAGCAGGAAAUGAACCACCUCUUGGACAUCAAACGCAGCCUGGAGAAACAGAACCAGGAGCUACGCAAAGAAAGACAGGACACAGACGGCCAAAUGAAGGAGCUACAGGACCAGCUACAAGCCGAGCAGUAUUUCUCUACCCUGUAUAAGACCCAGGCUCGGGAUCUAAAGGAGGAGGGUGAGGAGAAAAGCAAACUCUACAAAGAUGUGCAGCAGUCUCUGCAGGAGCUUCAGGAGGAGAGGGAUUCGUUGGCCGCUCAGCUGGAGAUCACGCUGACGAAGGCGGACUCGGAGCAGCUGGCGCGCUCCAUCGCUGAGGAGCAGUACUCGGACCUGGAGAAGGAGAAGAUCAUGAAGGAGCUGGAGCUGAAGGAGAUGAUGGCCCGCCAUCGCCAGGAGCUCUCUGACAAGGACAUCACCAUCAAUUCUCUGGAGGAAGCCAACAGGACUCUGACCAGUGAUGUCGCUAACCUAGCCAAUGAGAAGGAGGAGCUGAACAACAAGCUGAGCGAGGCAAUAGAAGAAUCAGAGAAGUCGAAGGAUUGGGAGCAGCAGAUCAACCAGAUGAAGCUGGGCUAUGAGAAGCAGCUGCAGACAGAGAAGACGCUGAAAACUCAGGCUGUCAAUAAGCUGGCAGAGAUCAUGAACAGGAAGGAGGUCCGUGGCGGAGGCAGUCGCCGAGGUAACGACACAGACAUGAAGAGGAAGGAUAAGGAGAACAGGAAGCUGCAGCUGGAGCUCAGGUCGGAGAAGGAAAAACUCAACAGCAGCAUCAUCAAGUACCAGCGGGAGAUCAACGAUUUGCAGGCGCAACUGUCCGAGGAGAGUCAGAUGCGCAUCGAGCUGCAGAUGGCUCUGGACAGUAAGGACAGCGACAUCGAGCAGCUGAGGAACCUCCUGCAGACGCUCAGCGUUCAGUCCAUGGACUCCGCCAGCAUCGGCAGCGGACCGGACUUCGAUACUGAUGAUGCGUACACAGAAACGAGGCUGGAGGGCUGGCUCUCCCUCCCUGUGAGAAACAACACCAAGAAGUUUGGCUGGGAGAGAAAGUACGUUGUGGUGAGCAGCAAGAAGAUCCUCUUCUACAACAACGAGCUGGACAAGGAGCACUCCAUUCCCUACAUGGUGCUGGAUAUAGACAAACUCUUCCAUGUGAGGCCUGUCACUCAAACAGACGUGUACCGUGCUGACGCCAAAGAGAUCCCUCGGAUAUUCCAGAUUCUUUAUGCCAAUGAGGGCGAAAGCAAAAAGGAGGCAGAAGAUCCGCUGCCCAGCGGAGAGAAGUCCAGCUACAUCUGCCACAAGGGCCACGAGUUCAUCCCCACGCUGUACCACUUCCCCGCCAACUGUGAGGCGUGCACCAAGCCGCUGUGGAACAUGUUCAAGCCCCCGCCCGCUCUGGAGUGCCGGCGCUGCCACAUCAAGUGCCACAAAGACCACAUGGACAAGAAGGAGGAGAUCAUCGCCCCGUGCAAAGUGAACUACGACGUGUCUUCAGCCAAGAACCUGCUGAUUCUGGCGCUGUCCCAGGAGGAGCAGCAGAAGUGGGUGAGCCGACUGGUCAAGAAGAUUCCCAAGAAGCCUCCCCCACCAGAGCAGUUUGCGCGCUCCUCGCCACGCGCCUCCAUGAAGGUCCAGCCCAGCCAGUCCAUGAGGAGGCCCAGCCGACAGCUCCCCAUCAGCAAGAGCAGUUAACCUCGCUUGAGAUUGCGGCGCAUCGUGGAUGUGGUGGUGGUGGUGGGGGGGGUUGUCCUCCUAAAUCAAAGACUACACAAAGCUCUGUUUGCAGAUCAGCACACUGAACUCAUCAAAUCUUCACACCCGCCGUGCUUCAGCCUGUGAGAGUCAGCAUUCCCUUUUUUUUUUGGUUGAACUUAUUUCCCGGGCAUUUCCAGCGGGCAAUCACCUGAGCACCUGCGAUCUCUACACCGUGAUGGAUAUAUUGUAAGAGUAUUAGCUCCUCCCGGGCCCUCCACUAGAGCUAUGAAGUGUCUCCGAGGGCUGAAGUGGCUCUUUCAGCUCCCACAGAACACAAAAUAGCUCUUAUGAGCCGACAAGGGGACACACUUACCUCACAAGGACACUUUCUGACUGAAGGACCCGACAGAAAAAAAACUCCUCACCGCCUUUUGGGAUUCUUGUGGCCAAAUAAAAAAGACGUGUGUUUAAUGAACAAUAUGAAGGGUAUAAAGGGGGAACACUACACUCGUUCUGUAAUGGUUGAAGACUUGAUCUCACUUAUCCAAACUGUUUUUAUGAUUGUAGCUUCCCACAACUCUGCUUCACACGGGUCACAAAAUUGAAUAAGGUACUUAAGCAAAGCAGCUCUGAGGGGAAGGAGUGUCACAUUCCUCCCAGGAUUCAGCAAAUAAUUCCUUGAGUGCCUCUUAUUCAGAUUUCUGACUCGCUCUGGAUCACCACUCUGUCGUUACAGAUAGCAUUAGAUUAGACGUGAGAUCCACACAAACCCCCGUAAUCUUUCAAACCUGCACUGUCAGUUAUGAGGGUUAAUGUUUACUGAAUUCAAGGGGUGCACCGUUAACGCUUUUCUGAUCCGAGCUCGACUCAUCUUUUGUUGAUGAAUGUACUUUACCAGAGACGACACGCAGGCAUUGUAUUACUUUAUCCAAAUAUACUUGACUGAAGCCUGCUUUCAUCACCAACUCCUCUGAGUGAACCUGCAUGUGUUUGCCUUUUCAGGCCUCCACCUCUUAGGAUUUUUUUAGGGGAAUCUAUAAGGUGGCCAACAGGUGCAUACGCACUACAACAGCCCAACAUAUCUCCAUUAGGAGAGAUGAACUGAAGUUUCUGAAUUGCUACAAAUAAAAAAAGACAAAUGUGCCAAAACACAUGCGAAUGAAGAAACAUCUUCACCAACUCGAUGAAGCAUGCACAGCAUUUACUAAAAGCGCUGCAUUAAUGAAACGCUGCAAGGGGCUCAAAACACUACGUAAACGGGGACAGUAAAAAGUGACGCACACAGCUGGGACCGGAGCGCUUGUUGAUAUUCGGUGAUUAUAAAGUUGGCCAACUGUUUCUGGUCACCUAACUAAAAAGUUUUAUUUGUUUAUUUUAUUAAUGUGAUCACUUGAUUUGCUGUAAGCUAUCUAGCUAAUGUAGCUAACCCAGUUAUUUCAAUGGACUGACAAGACAAUUACAAUAAUGAACAGGCUUACUCUGCCAACAGUGACAAGCUGUGUGCAUCACUUUUAAGCAUCCCCUUUUCCGUUUGUGUUUUGAGUUUCUUGCAGCGAUUUUUAUUUGUAGCGUUUAGUUUAUACAGCGCUUUUAUUAAAUUAAUUUGCUGCACGUGUGAAGUUGUUGAAGAUGUUUCUUCAUUUGCACGUGUUUUGGCACAUGUGUUUUUAUAUUUGCUUUGUUUCUGAAGCUGCAGAAUGUUUCUCCUAAUGAAAGUGUUUGGGGCCGUUGUAGCGCGUUUGCACCCGUCGGCCUCCGUACAACUACCUAAUAAAAAGCAGAAACAAUGAAGGUUAUGCAAUCAUAUCCCAUGAGUCAAAUACUGAGCAGCACUAUUCCAUUCAAAGUUUUUCUAAAAGUGUUUUGUCCUGAUAUUUUUGUAUUAAAAGUAACCAAACUCUGAGUUUGGGCACAUUGUUGUGUAUGUGGCUUAUACAGCAAAUGGAGAGUAACUAUUUGUGUGUGUGUGCGUGUGUGUGUGUGCCGAGUGCUCUCCUUUAACCAAGAAGCAUGUUUUAUACAUAUGAAUAUACACAGUCUAUAUUUUACAUGCCAUACAGUGCACAUUAUAUUAUUUAUACAGCCUUGUCCACUUUGUAUUUAAGGGCUCUACAUCCAGAUUGCAUGUUUGCUACCAAACUGCUCUAUAAUAAUAACUUCUUCAACAAUAAAGACAUGGAUGUGC